AUGAGAGAGGGAGACCCAGAGAAAAUUGGUUAUUUUCUGGCGAUUUUUUACAAUUUCCAACAGUUUUCACCCCGAAAAAAGCCGAUUUUUCGCCCAAAAAUCAUGACAACAAAUGUGCAAGAAGUGUAUCAUGUCGUUUCGCACCGCCCGAUUUAUUUCUGGUCGGCGAACGAUGUCGAUAUUUGGCUUAGAAGGAAGCGACCCCGUUUUGCACUGAAAUAUGCGCAUUUCUUCCUUCGACAUAUUGUUUCAGGUAGAGUGCUCGUAGACCUCUCCGACGACGAUUUACGGGAGAUUGGAGUGGAAAAUGCGGAUGAGCGGCAGGAUUUGCUGCUGGAAAUUAAGAAAGAGAAGCUUUACAGUGAUUUGGACGAAUUCUCAAAGCUACGGACACAAUCUACGGGCAAUUAG